UUAGCCGCAAGUUUCCCGCUAUCAAUUACAGGUAACAAGCCCCUACACUAGGUAGAUGGUGGCAAUCAAGAAGCUGACAAUGUGCAGAGGACACACCUUGAAGGUCGACCCCAUAAUAGCCCGAGCAUCCAUCAUGCGCCUUCCAUACGUUGCGAACCCUCCGCAGACGAGCGAUCCCGAGGAAGCUGAGAUCCUCGCACAAACGCAAGCCCGACGUGCCCCUGGAACUCUGCUACCUCUAGACUUGGCACUGAUGCACUCGUUUCCAGUCACGGAUGGCUGGAAUUCAUUGAUGGGUGCCCUUCGCACGAGAACGAGUCUCUCGACUAUCAUCCGGGAGCUGAUCAUGUGUCGCGUGGCUGUCCUCAAUGAUGCAUUGUUCGAAUGGGAGCAGCACGCCCCGUUGCUGAAGGCAGGAGGAUUCAGUGACGAAGCGCUAGAACUCAUUCAGCAACCAGGCAUCUGUCCAGAGGCACAGGAAAGGGUGCUCAGUCGGGAGGAAAGCGCGGUGCUGAAGUAUACAGACGCUAUGACCAAGACGGUCAAGGUGCCGGAGGAGAUCUUCCAGGAGGUUAAGGAGUGGUUCGAUGAUAAGCAGGUGGUGGAAAUUACGGCGACGGUAGCGGCCUACAACGGUGUUAGCCGCUUUUUGGUUGCAUUGGACGUGGGAGAGCGGAACCAUGCUAAAUGCUGGCAUGUUUAAUUGGAUCGUAUCUCUAUAGAUCUUCGGUUUUCGGCAGCUGGGUCUUCAGACAUAAUGCCAGGGAGGGGAUUGAACAUGUAUUGAUAGCUUUGUUCGGUGUUGUUGUUUUGCGGAGUAUAGUAUGUUUGAUAACGCACAACGUGAAUAUAGUCGAUUAGCGAAGAACGAUCGCGAGGA